UUCAUAUUUAUACGUCUGUGUGUGUGUGCGUGCGUGAAAGAGGGACAGAGAGAGCGACACAGAGAGAGAGAGAGAGAGAGAGAGAGAGAGAAACAGAUGUGUUCUUGAAAUCUCCAGGGCGUAGGCUUAUUAACAAUUAUUCAGGACACAAACAUUUAUUAAUCUGAAUUAAUCUGGAAAAAGAGAAAGAGGUGUGAAAGAGUGUGAACAUGGAGAGUCCUGCAACUAUUGCCCACUACAAGGCUGGCAUGGUCCUGAGUGGUGUGGGUGAUGCUCUCGGCUACCAGUGGGAGUUUGAAUAUUCUGGACCGUGUAUACAUCAGGCAGUUCAGAAGCUUGGAGGACUGAAGAACAUCUCCGUUAGCCUUCCUGGUUUCCCAGUCAGCGAUGACACGGUGCUGCACUUGGCGACCGCUGAAGCUUUAAUCACAGGUAAAGAAGGUGAGGAGCUGCUGCAUGAGGUGGCUUUCCAUUACAAAGAGGGUAUGAAGGAUAUGUCGGGGAGGGCUCCAGGAGCUGCAUCUAUCUGUGGUGUGGAUCAGCUAAAACCUGGAACUAAAGGAGGCUACAGAAUAGCUUAUAACAAAACAACUGGAGGAUGUGGUGCUGCCAUGAGGGCUAUGUGCAUCGGCUUGAGAUACCCUCGACCUGAGCAGCUCUCCUCAUUGGUCGCAGUUGCAAUAGAGACUGGAAGAAUGACCCACACUCAUCCAACCGGAUUCCUUGGGGGAGUGGCUUCUGCAUUGUUCGCAGCCUACGCCAUCCAGCGACGUCCAAUCACAACCUGGGGGCUGGGCUUAGUGAAGGAGGCAUGUCCAAUAGCUGAGGAGUUUGUAAGGACUGCGGGAUAUGCCGUUCCCGAGACGGAGAGAGACUGGGGAUACUUUACUGAGAAAUGGGAAUGGUAUCUAGAGUUGAGGGGUUUGUCAUCAGGAAACGGUCCAGUCGUCUUUCCUGAGGCGUAUGGACCUGUUGAACGUGACGCGGCAUACAAGAGCUUCAGCUGGUCUGGAUGGGGGGGGAGCAGUGGCCAUGAUGCACCGAUGAUAGCUCUGGAUGCCCUCCUGGCGGCGGGGUCAGACUGGGAGGAGCUAAUGAACCGAGCAGGAUUCCACGGAGGAGACAGCGACAGCACAGCGGUCAUAGCGUGUUGUUGUUGGGGUCUGAUGUACGGGAUGAACGGAGUGCCUAAGUGUAACUAUGCCAACCUGGAGUACAAGGACCGGCUGGAGAACUGCGCUGAGAAACUUUACGCUCUAUCACACUGAAUUCCGCACAUCAUUAUCUUAUAUGUUGAUACAUGACAAGAUAAACUUAGGAAAACUGUACUUUCUUGCAUUCAUUAAUUUAAUCUUUUAUGCAAUAAUUCAUCUAUCUGGCUUAUUUCACCCUUUUUCCUAGUCAGGGUUCUGGUGGAUCUGGAUGCUAUGCUGUAAUCCCUAGAAUUGAUGCCUUUAAAGUCCAUCACAUUUUAUCUAUUUCCUACACAGCCUGUUUUACCCAGUCAUCUUAUUUUUGUCUAUGCAAUAAUAAUGUCAGUAAUGCUGGAGAUGGAUGGUGAAGACAACUGAUGAGCAAAGGCUGCAUUUAAUUUAGGAAGGGCACUUUAAAGAAUGUAAAGAUGAAAUCAUUGAUUUAACAUUAUUUAAUGUUAAUAAAUCAUUUCAAACAGUCA